AUGCGCCCGCGCAGAUGUAAUGGCUCACGUGAACCAGCCAUUACCCCGUCACUAGAAGCACCCGCAGCUCCCGACCUACCUAGAUCACGAUCCCAAUUACAUAGCAGGCCGGGCGUCCCCGGGGUGAGGUGCGGGUGCGGGGUGCGGGUGCAGGGACUAUGGGCGGCACCAGCUACCAUCACUCAAGUGACGAAAAUUGACGGAAAAUGGGCGGACACAGCUUGCCGCGACGUCAUCAAUUACCGCGUCCCGACGGUCACCGGGCGCUCUCGCCACCAGAGACGCAUACCUAAUAUCCUUUCCAGAGUCAUUAUUAACACGACACAUUUACUCGCUACAAAAUAG